CAUAUGGUUGGUUUCAAUUAUUUGGCAAGUCAUACAUCUUCCAACUCACAUCGAAGGUAGUGAAUAAAAUAUCAUGAUUAUAAAUGUUCUUUACUGAAAAAUCUAGAAAAUAAGCAAUAGUAGUUAAACCUGGAAUCAUCCAAAUCGUGUUAAAUCAUAUUGGUUAAUACGUAAGAAUAAAAAAAAAUAAUUGUUUUAAAACAUAGACACGAAUACUUUGACAAUCACAUAUAGAUAGGUAUUAUUUAUUGUAAUAUGUAUUGAGAGCAUUCUUCUACCACCUGCGGAGGGACACGGGUGCAAACAAAUCGAUAUUUGCAAGCCCAAUGCAAGAGUAUGGUGGGGGCGUGUCGAGUAAGACGGGCGAGUAUCGGGACGGUGGUCCCGAUGGGGGGCGAGACCGGGGCAUGCCCCACCAGGCAGAUGGAUAUCCGCCCCAACACCAAUACGCCGUGAUGCAACAAAAGAACUAUGGAUGUUCCAGUAAAGAUUUGUCAGACCAGAAUAUGGCGACCUACUGCCGCGUCGCAACUGGCAUUUACGAAGCCACCGCGUCCAGCCAGCAGUAUCAGAACCCAAGAUAUAACAAUCCAUCGGCCCCGACUUUUAGUUCACCGCCUAAUUCCCCUCUCGUUGGCCUUGUUUUUGAUCCAUCUUCACCCAACUACAGCGGCCCUGGGAUGAUAGGAGACAGAGCCGUCAACGACCGACGAUCCCAGAGCUCCUGGUCCAUCUCCAACCAAGAACCGAUCGGCACUGGUGCGAAGAAGAAAAUAGUGAAAAGUCAAGAUAAACGCAACGCGUACAGCGCUGACCCUCGAUAUCACGAGAGGUACAAGGACAACAGUACUGAUGUAGACCGCCAACGUAAGGAAAGGAACCUGACUUCGGAGUCCACUUCCAGCCUCGAUUUCUUUGUUGAAGGAGAGCGAAUGGUGUCGGAGCUCUGCAACAUACCCGACUCGCGAGCGGAUUCUAAUAAUCAAAAACAAAAUCAGAAACCAACCAACCAAGACGAAGAUAAGAAACCUUCCGUGUCUUCGGAAGUACUUCUGACUGCUUUAGAUAAGAUUGUCAUACAUGAUCAAAUACCUAAUCAAAUAGUUCAGCUAGCUGUGGAGGCAUGCACUGAUGCUGAAAAUAUAGCAAUAGCCCAUCACAACAGACCUUGUUUUAAGAAUAUUCACUCAAUUUGUGCUAAAACUAGAUCCAACGUGCAGAAACCGGACAGCGCUGUCGCUAACCUACAUUCUCAAGGGAUACCUUGGGUAAUUAAAAACUUUAUUUUCUCUUUUGUGAGAAUUUUAGACGGUUGGAAGGGUGUCAAAGAACUGCUAAGUGAGAAACACGACACGUUUUCGAGAAUUGAAAAUAAAUACUACAGUCCCAACAUAAGAGAGUGCUUUGUGCAGUGGCAGGCUGUUACUAAGGAAAUGUUGACACACAUUUACAAAACUUUUAAAUGCCUUGACCACGGUUUUACUAUGGAACAAAAGAGUUUUACCCACAACUAUUACGCCACUAAUUCGGCAGCACCGAGGAAUCAAAAUCAGAACAAAUUCCAACCGACCAAGCCACACGCGAGUACUCCACGGCCCGUCAACGCUUCACCGCAGCCGUUCAAUGCAGUUCAACCGCCAUGGGUACAAAACCAAACUCAAUCGGCUUCGCAGAACUUCAAUGAGGGCCCGUGGCCUGCACGAUCAGGAGUCGCUUAUAAGAAAUAUCCUGUGGUACCACCGCCCAACUCCCACAACUUCUAUCCGCUAAGCGACCAAGCUGAUUUAGAAAGCUACCCGAAAGCGCAGUACAAGUGUGACCCGUGCAGUGUCCGUGAAGCAAAGCCACGACAAUCGUGGACUAUCACAAAUGUAUCUGAUUUUCGUGCUCUUGAAGGUAUGUGCCACGCCGAACAACGAGAACUAUACACUCAACUGAAACACAAAAUGGAUGCGGAACUCGGCAAAGCGCCAGGUCAGCCGCUUUUAGGCAAUAUGCCUUGCGAUUUAUUGCAACGCAGAGACAUGGAACUCAAAGCCAAGAUGAUUCCUUUGAGCCAUGUUGAAAAGACAUUGAUACCAAGCAUGGCAGCGGCAGCCGAAAUGAGAGGCUGCUACGUACAGAAAAACAAUAGCUGUGGCGAUACAAAGGAAGAGGCUGAUUUUUUUGCGGCAUGGGGUCAGAUGGUCCAAAAAGAACCUAGCGAUUUUAUAACUCAUCACACUCACAACAUUCAAAUCCCAUCAAAUGUUGUGACGAUUUCCAACAAUAUCUCUGGCCCCGUACAAUUCAUCGACCCAGAAAAUGAUGAGUUUCACGAAAUGUCUAAAGUUUAUAUGAAGCCAGGCAGCUACAAGGUGCCUAUCAAGCCCGCAGAUCCAAUUUCACCAUUUGUGCAAGGUACUGCUCAAGAUGUGGUGUACGACACGUCUGUGGGGGACGAUAUAGCUCUUAAAAUGAAAGUUCCGUUUCCCCCUGUGACAUUAGCUCCACAGCCAAAAUAUAAUCUUGAAUCUUGGCCCUGUUUGAUGUCCAGACGCACAGAUGACAUGUUUGCAGAAGAUCAAAAGAUGAUACCCAGACAUGGCAUUCCAUGUUUGGAUAUGAGGGCGGCAGAUUCACUUGAUCUCUUGAGUUCUAUGACAUCAGACCGAGCUUGGGAAGCAGCUAAACAAUCCGCACCGAAGCUGAUGGAUUUCAUUCAUGAAGGGUCUAAGUCGGACACAGCUCGGUUGUAUGACGCAUUAGGUCUAAGCGCAACUGAUGAGUUCUCUGAAGACUUGAAACAAGUUAAGUUCAGUAUGGAACAGAAUGAUGCAUGGUCGACUGGACUGUCCAACCAUUUUAUGUCGAAAGAUUUAACUAGUGUAUGGAAUCAACAACCGGUCAAAAAUGAUUAUAUUCUUCCUAAGAAUCAAGACCAAUCAAUUUUUACUGAGGAUACAACUAAACUACUGGAUUCUGAUGCAAAACUACUUGAAACUGACGAUUCUUUAGAAGUUCCAGACUGUAGAAAUGACGAAGAGAAAAAGGAGAAUACUCGUUGUCCUAACUUUGAUCAUACCGGUAAUUAUGUGCGUGAUGACAACCAGAAGAAAUCUGGUGGUAAACCCAAAGUUGCCGCUUCAGGAAUGUGGUAUCAUCCUAAGAAAAAGAAGCCUUUACCAGCUAAUACUGUUAAGAAGUUUGAGGCAAUUCUUUGUAAUCUAUCUCAAAUGAAUGAAGCUGCUUUUAUUCAACAUGAUAUGGACAUUAAAGUGGCCCCUAGAUUCUAUGAAGUAGUGAAAUAUCCAAUGUGUCUCCAUGAUAUAUCGACCAAACUGAAGAACUCUUCUUACAAUGAAUAUGAUCAGGUCGUACAAGAUUUCAGACGAAUUUUCAACAAUGUGCGACUGUAUCUGAAGAGCUAUCCAGAUCCGGCGAUGAAAAAGAACGUGAAUAAAAUUUCCAAUGAUUUCGAGAAAAUGUUGAAUGAAGAGUUUCAAACCAAGUGGGAAUCAAAGUCGAAGUCCCAAGACGUCGUCGAUUGCCAAGACAAUACUAAUAAAAAGGAUGAAAAGGAUUCUGACCCCAACACCACUGAAGCCAAGAGCGAGGACAAUAAAAAAAGCGAUACUAAAACGAGUGGAGAAGAUAAAAAGUGAAAUAGCACAUCAUUAAAUACAUCUUUUGGUGAGGCUCUGAUAAAAAUCUUCCUGUCACUAGGAACAAUUUCGCCAUUUAAAUUUUUCGAGUAUUAUUUUUUGUUUAAACAUUUUUUAUUUAUAUAUUUAUUUGUUUCAACGACGAGGUCGUCCAAACGAUGGUUAUUCUCAUAAAAUAUAUGCGAUCAUCUGUCUAGUACGAUUCUGGAACUGGUCGAUGCUAUGAAUAGGUUUAAAAUAAGCAACCUCUAGUCAAAUAGAAAAUUAUUUUUUAAACAAAUGUCAGUGACGUUAUCAGAACUUAUAAUACAUAAGAUUAUCAAUUUAAUGUGUAAGUGCUUGCCAGUUUUUUCGAAUGGACUUUAUUAGCUUCCGAACGGGACAAAACACUUGAUUCGUUCUCUACUGUUUAUUUCGUCUUCUUUCCUUGCACGAUUAGUUUGUAAUUUCGUUUUGUAUAUUUCGAUUUUGUUAUUUGUUCCAUUGAUUCCUUAUGAUAAUAAUCCGUAUUGAUUUUAUGUGCAGAAAAACAAAUUUAUGUUUUGAUGCGACGUCAGUUGUAAUUUAGUUUUCUUUGUGCCGCAAUGUCCGUAUAGCAAUGUUGAUGUCUUGCAACCUACACGUCGAAUAGAUAUUAGUUCUUUUUUAUAUCUCUAUCUGUGAUGUAUGUUUAGGUAAAAGUUGAUAAUUUGAAUCGUUUUUCACGCUUAAUUACUAGUUGUACGAUUCUCUUGAAACAUGUAAAUAGCAAGGAGUAGAUGUGUAUAAAAUUGAACUUAAAAGUUUAAGUUGUCUUGGAAACCUUGAGCCAUGCCAUUAAUGAAUAAUUGUACAUUAAUUUUUACAAAAAUAUGCGUUAAAUUAUUUCUGAAAAAUGUCGUAUCGAGUCGUAAGAAGUUCGGUACGCGGAUGAGUAAAGAUAAUGAAAGAGUUAUUUGAUCGGUUAGGAUGGGACUUCUUACAAGUCGGCCAUUUGCGUAAAAACUUAGUAGGUUCUGUCUUUAUAUUAUAUGUACGUGCAACUACAUUUUUUUAGUCUAAUUUGUUUCGUUUGGUGUUCCACAUUGGUAUUUAAAUGUUUUUUAAAUAAUUUUUGAGUCCAUUUUACCUGCCAUAGAAAUAAGUGAAUUGCUUACGACGUCAAGGUUCGGUCCUGCGUUUGGUCACUAGUACAAGUUGUUGAUGAGAUUAAAUUCUAAAUUUUAAAUUUGACGACGUUCGAGUUAAUUUUAAGUAUUCAUUAAGUUGUGAUUUUAUUAUUUAACUUAUUUACCUAAAAUUAUGGCAAGGAACUCCUAUGAUAAUAAAAGAGUUAUUUUUUUAA